AUGGAACGCGACCGGUUGACGUUAGGCUUUCAUUGGGACGCAGCGUACAAGAUAAACUCGAUGGCCUACCCGUUGCUCAUUUGCGGAAUCACAGACCCUGGCGGCACGUUACAUCCCGUCGACUUCUUCUUGAUCGGAAAAGAAUUCACAAACGAGUAUGAAUGGGCCAUGAAGGCACUGAUGUCAGCGUACGCGGAAAUUCCCGAACUCAACGUCAAAACACUUUUGCUGCGUUUCUACCACUGUGUCGCGUGUCUGUACAAGCAUUUGGGUGCAGUUCAGCCGCGUGUCAUCGCCCUGAUGCUACGGCACUUGUACCGAUUGCAUUACAGCAGGAGCAAUGCUGAUUGCGACUUGUAUUGGCACGAGGCGCAAGCUGCAUCGGGAGGGUGCGAGGUUCUAGUGUCGAAGAACUUCACCCGGUACUUUGAAGAUCAGUGGCUCGGAGGGGACUGUUGCAAUCGGCAGGUGUACCACACCCCACCAAGCUUUCCAAGCACUUCGAAGACAUUUACACGCAACGGCCGACAAGGGGCGUUGCGCUAG